AGGUGACUCAGAGGAGCGCUCACCUUGGAGCGUCCCAGGUCUCCCGCUGCCACCUGCGGCCUGCCCCUCGCCGUCUCCCCCAAGGGCCUGGGGCGAAGGUGUGGAGUCCCGGGCUGGCCACGGACAGCAGCGGACAGGUGUCUCUCCGCUGCGGCGCAAGGGGCACUAACCUCUGCUCCCUGCUAUCCGACCGCCCGGCCCCAAGGGUGGAGUCCCGGCCCCGUCUGCACACCUCCAGCUGCGCAGGUGGCUGGGCAGGGCCUGGAAACCAAGUCAUAGAAAGAGCCAGAAGCGAGCGAAGGCAGGGCUGCUGUCAGAGUGAAGGAGGAAGCCCUCGGAGCCGCCACCAUGGGGUUGUCCAAAUCACAUAGUUGCUUUGGUUACCCCCUGAGCAUCUUCUUCAUCGUCAUCAAUGAGUUCUGCGAAAGAUUUUCCUACUAUGGCAUGAAAGCACUCCUGAUCCUGUACUUCACACGGUUCUUCAAAUGGGACGACGACCUGUCUACCGCCAUCUACCACACCUUCGUGGCUCUCUGCUACCUGACGCCCAUUCUCGGCGCUCUCAUUGCCGACUCCUGGCUGGGAAAAUUCUCGACCAUCGUGUCGCUCUCCAUCGUCUACACCAUUGGGCAGGUAGUCAUCGCAGUCAGCUCCAUCCACGAACUCUCAGACUACGACCACAAUGGAACCCCCAACAAUCUCCCUUUACAUGUGGCGCUGUCCAUGUUCGGCCUGGGCCUGAUAGCUCUCGGUACUGGAGGAAUCAAGCCCUGUGUGUCUGCCUUUGGUGGAGAUCAAUUUGAAGAGGGCCAGGAAAAACAAAGAAACCGAUUCUUUUCCAUCUUUUAUUUGGCCAUUAAUGCUGGAAGUUUGAUUUCUACUAUCGUCACUCCCAUUCUCAGAGUUCAAGAAUGUGGAAUUCACAGUAAGCAAGCUUGUUACCCACUGGCGUUUGGGGUUCCUGCUGCUCUCAUGGCCAUUGCUCUGCUUGUAUUCAUCGCUGGCAACAGCAUGUACAAGAAGUUCCAGCCCCAGGGGAACAUCAUGGGUGAUGUGGCCAAGUGCAUUGGGUUUGCCAUCAAAAAUAGGUUUCGGCACCGGAGUAAGGACUUCCCCAAAAGGGAGCACUGGCUGGACUGGGCCCGGGAGAAGUAUGACGAGCGGCUUAUCUCUCAAAUUAAGAUGGUUACGAAGGUGAUGUUCCUGUAUAUUCCACUCCCCAUGUUCUGGGCCUUGUUCGACCAGCAGGGCUCAAGGUGGACACUGCAGGCAACAACAAUGAAUGGGAAAAUUGGACUCCUGGACAUUCAGCCAGAUCAGAUGCAGACCGUGAAUGCCAUCUUGAUCGUUAUCAUGGUCCCGAUCGUAGACGCUGUGGUGUACCCUCUGAUUGAAAAAUGUGGCUUCAACUUCACCCCAUUGAAGAAGAUGACCGUCGGGAUGUUCCUGGCUUCCAUGUCUUUCGUGGUGGCUGCAGUGUUGCAGGUGGAAAUUGAUAAAACGCUUCCAGUCUUCCCCGAAGGAAACCAAGUCCAAAUUAAAGUAUUGAAUAUAGGAAACAAUAACAUGACUAUACAUUUUCCUGAAGUGACGGUGAACGUCGGCCAAAUGUCUGUAAGAAAUGAUUUCAGGACUUUUGAUUUGGACAAACUGACAAGUAUAAACAUUUCUUCUCCUGGAUCACCAGUUACUCCAGUAAUUCCUGAUUUUGAGAAGGGCAAACGCCAUACUCUGCUAGUGUGGGAACCCAAUUAUUACCGAGUGAUAAAGGAUGGCCUUAACCAGAAGCCAGAGAAAGGAGAAAAUGGAGUCAGAUUUGUAAAUGCUUUCGGUGGGAGCUUCAAUGCCACAGUGGAUGGGAUCCUAUACGAGAAUAUUACCAGUAACAACGUCAGCAAGUAUAUGUUUUUCUCUUACGGCACAAAAGACAUCAUGCUAAGCUCAGCAGAGAUUCCAGGACACUGCAAUAAGUUUUUUACAUCCUUAAACUUUGGAUUCGGCAGUGCAUAUACCUAUGUGAUCACCAGGAGAGAUGGAUGCCCUAUACUGAAUAUUUUUGAAGAUAUUGCUCCCAACACUAUUAACAUGGCCCUGCAAGUCCCACAGUAUUUCCUCAUAACCUGCGGCGAGGUGGUUUUCUCUGUCACCGGACUGGAGUUCUCAUACUCUCAGGCUCCUUCCAACAUGAAGUCGGUGCUGCAAGCAGGGUGGCUGCUGACAGUGGCUGUGGGCAACAUCAUCGUGCUCAUCGUGGCAGGAGCAGGCCAGAUCAAGCAACAGUGGGCUGAGUACCUUCUGUUUGCUUCGUUGCUUCUGGCUGUCUGCAUCAUCUUCGCCAUCAUGGCUCGAUUCUACACGUACAUCAAUCCAGCAGAAAUUGAAGCUUAUUUUGAUGAGGAAGAAAAAAAGAAGAAGCCAGAAAACUUAUAUGCCGAAAUAGAUCCCGCCUCACCGACGGCGCAGACAAAGAUGUGAACAUCAGGAAGCCAGUGGAGGGUGAAUUGGGCCCAGACUACGCCCUGACUUGUGUCUCCAGGUGUCAGGACACUGUGGGAUGGCCCCUAAGGGGGGAAGAUACCAGCAUCAUGAACCAAGCCAAGAAAGCGAUUUUCUAAGCAGCCCUUGGUGAACCUGAAACUCUGAAAUAAGUCUUUUUUUUUUUUUUUUAGAGAAAUAUUAUUUAAAGUACGCAUGCAUGCACAUACACAUUUUUACAGCACUGUGAGCAUUCCCUGCAUUCAACUUUUUUCCUGUCACACAAAUGAAGUUAUUUUUCCAACUUAAUUGUUGGAAAAAAUGACCAAGUUCCAUAUGGUUUGAAUUCUAACACUAUAUGAAAACAAUGUUAAACGAGUCCAGAGUCAAUGUGAAAGUGAAUAGAUAGGCUUACAGAUGGUAUGUAAUAAACUAGUAUUAACUGAUACCUUUUUUUGUUUGGUUUUGUUUGUUUUUUCCAGUCGCUACCUCUUUUUAAAUUAUGUGUAACUAAAAAACCACUCAGGUAAAAGUCAAUAAUGAUUUUUAGAGUCUCAAUGGUAUGAAAUAAAUUCCUGUUCUUAAGAA